CCAGGGGCACCAUAUAAGGCCCUCACAAUUACAACUGAACCAGCCCUUUGAUUUCUCUCCCGAAUUUCGCCCUUUACCCCAAAAAUCACAUUCAACAACGACAUGGAGUCCACCGCUAAAGCUACCACCAACCAACCCCAGGCUGCCAUUCAAAUGAAUGCUGUAAACCCUGCUCCUGCCAAGAACAGUCAGAGCCACCAGGAGCACCACGCUAAGCGUCUCCGAGGAGGAGGAGCUGCCAAAGACUGCUUCCUUGGUGCACUCGAGUGUUUCCUGUGCUUCGAGUGCUGCAAGGAAUGUUGCGAGUGUGGCGCAGAUAUCAUCUGCUGCCCAUGCGAGAUGUGCUGUUAAAUGCCUCGCCUUCAAAGUCUGCUCGUGGUCUGCAUUUUUCAUUUCACAUUCAUGACUCUUGUAAUACUGCCUGUUCGAUUAAUAUUUGUACUGUGCGAUGAAUCAGUCGAUGUAGAGAUCAGAUAGGCUGCAUAUUACCUUUGUUUUUGUCUUGGCACACUUGACAAGCGUACUAGUAUUUUCGGCUCUUCGGG